GAAAACGACCCCUCAACGCAGAUCGUUUUUUGCAGUGUAAAGUGCAAAACAGCCAUUUCUUUAAUAUAUACUUGAACAAAAGUCAGACCGUUGCAGGAACGAGAAGCUGUGCUUUGAUUCGUACUUUGACCACCACCCAAGAUGUUGCAACAGAGCUGCUCAGCGGCCCAGGCCGGACUUGAGAUCCUGCGAACUCGCCUUCUUCCUUCUACCGCUAUCAGGAGCGCCUGCACCGGGACGCUGCAGUUGAAGGAGCCGCUGAACUUCUGGUGCGGGGGGAGAGUGAAGCCUUCUACGAAGGAUGCUAGACCGAGUGAACCGGUGUAUGAGCCCGCUACCGGCCGCGUGCUCUGUGAGAUGUUCCCUUGUGGUCCUGCCGAGGUGGAGCAGGCUGUGCAGAGUGCCCAGUCCGCUUUCCAGAAAUGGAGCCAGAUGUCUGGGAUGGAGAGGGGUCGUGUGAUGCUGGAGGCAGCCAGGAUCAUCCGGGAGCAGAGAGAGGAGAUUGCUAACAUGGAGGUCAUCAACAACGGCAAGUCCAUCUUCGAGGCUAGGAUUGACAUCGACAUCGCCUGGCAGUGCAUCGAGUACUACGCUGGCAUCGCCGGGACCCUAGCUGGCCAGCAUGUGCAGCUGCCCGGGGGGUCCUUCGCCUACACCCGUCGGGAGCCUCUGGGGGUGUGUGUGGGGAUCGGCGCCUGGAACUACCCCUUCCAGAUCGCUGCCUGGAAGUCUGCCCCUGCCCUGGCUUGCGGCAAUGCAAUGGUGUUCAAGCCCUCUCCCAUGACUCCGGUGACAGCAGUGAUCCUGGCAGAGAUCUACGCUCAGGCAGGCGUUCCCGAGGGUCUGUUCAACGUGGUGCAGGGCAGCGCCGAGACCGGUACCCUUCUGUGCCUGCACCCCGGCGUGGCAAAGGUGUCCUUCACUGGCAGUGUGCCAACUGGCAUCAAGAUCAUGGAGAUGUCUGCGAAGCGCGUGAAGCCGGUCACUCUGGAGCUGGGUGGGAAGUCUCCUCUGAUCAUCUUCUCAGACUGCAGCCUGGAGAACGCAGUGAAUGGCGCGCUUAUGGCCAACUUCCUCUCCCAGGGCGAGGUCUGCUGUAACGGGACGCGGGUGUUCGUUCAGAGGGAUAUCCUGGAGCCCUUCCUGGAGGAGGUGGUGAAGAAGACCCGCGGCAUCAAGGUCGGAGACCCCCUGGAGGAAGGCACGCGCAUGGGGGCUCUGAUCAGCAAGCCCCACCUGGACAGAGUGCUGGGCUUCGUGCGGCAGGCCAAGCAGCAGGGGGCCACGGUGCUGUGUGGAGGGGAGCCAUAUGUGUCUGAAGAUCCCAAACUGAAGAACGGGUACUUCAUGUCCCCCUGCGUCCUGAGUAACUGCACCGACGAGAUGACUUGUGUAAAAGAGGAGAUCUUCGGCCCCGUGAUGUCGGUCCUGCCCUUUGACACUGAGGAGGAGGUCCUGCAGAGAGCCAACAACACCACCUUCGGACUGGCCUCCGGUGUCUUCACCAGGGAUGUGUCCCGCGCUCACCGCAUGGCUGCCAAGCUCCAGGCAGGGACCUGCUUCGUGAACACCUACAAUGCCAGCCCCGUGGAGGUGCCCUUCGGGGGAUACAAGAUGUCAGGUUUCGGAAGAGAGAACGGCACGGUAACCGUGGAGUAUUACUCGCAGCUAAAGACUGUCGUCAUGGAGAUGGGAGAUGUGGAGAGUCCCUUCUAGAACCCGGAACCCUCUGCUCCCUCACUGUUCCGCAGCGCACUCUGGCAGCAGCUUCUCUGAUCUGUGAUGCUCAGCAGUCUCUGUGCAGACCACAGUUGCAAUAAAAGGCAGAAUCUGGUUAACACAAA